AUGACGGAGCUAACCCGGACGUUUAAGGGGGACUGGACUGCCGGGGUGCUGGGCCACUUUGAGAAGCCUGUGUUCCUGGAGCUGUGCCGGCACAUGGUGGUGAUCCAGCUGCACCAGGGGGAGGCACUCUUCAGACCAGGGGACACUGAUGACAGUAUUUACGUGGUUCAAGAUGGCCGCUUGGACAUGUACAUCCAUGAGAGCGAUGGGACUGACGCUGUGGUGAAGGAAGUGUUACCAGGAGACAGCGUUCACAGUCUGCUGAGUAUCCUGGACAUCAUCACUGGCUAUCCAGCGCCUUAUAAAACUGUGUCUGCCAGAGCUGCAGUCACCUCCACCAUCCUGCGUCUGCCGGCUGCAGCCUUCCAGUCAGUGUUUGAGAAAUAUCCAGAAACUCUGGUCCGUGUCAUCCAGAUAAUCAUGGUGCGUCUCCAGAGAGUCACCUUCCUCGCCUUACACAACUACCUGGGCCUGACCACUGAGCUCUUCAACCCGGUACUGUUUGAUUUUGUUGGUCUGCUUCAUUCUGUUUACUGAUAAGCAUCACCUUUUCAAAUUAGAUACAACGAUAUACAGAGAAUGACCAAAUACUGCCCAGGUACACCAAAUAUCACCCAAUUAAUGUGCAGCUCUC